GGAUUUCGCGCUUUGAGUGAGAAAAAAAAACAAAAAUAUGUGAGAAAACCCGUAAUAUUUGCAUUUAGCAAUAGCAAAAACGUCAUUGGUGUACAAUAAUUGAAGCAAUAAGAAAAUCCAAACGGGGAAAAUUGGAAAGAAAAUCAAUUUUUACUGCCUAAUCUUGUGCCAACAAACAAAAAGCGAAUUGCUUGCGAAAGUCGGUGCUACUAAAGUGUGAAGCGUAGAAGGACCAAAGCAGAAGUGCGGCGCUCAAAAAGAACACAACAACAAUAACUGCCACCCUCACACACAUCUUUGGGGGCAAUUAUAGUGGCACAUCCAACGAAAGCGAGCCACAAAGUAGCUGGUUGACCUUCGUGUUCGCGUGAACUCGCACUCGCAGCGGUCGGUCUGCAAGGGCACAGGGCACACGCACACUAUUGAUUGCCCGUCAGAUGUGUUGUGUCCAGCAUAGUUUGCCGGUUGUGCCCAAAUAAGCAGCACGAGCGACUUCAAACACACCCCCGGUACAUAGUAAAUAUAUAUACACACACAGACAUAUAUGCACAUAGAUAUAUUCCAUAGUUGGCACUUACUUCCUGAAUAGCAAAUACUAGCAUAGCAAUAACUAGCAAAUAGCAAAUAGCAAUAACUGCUGCUGCAACGAAAUCACAACAGUCACAAGAGCCAUAAGAUGUUCAAUUUUAUGAAAAAGGGCGUGUCUUCGGUGAGCGGUGGCAGCAGUGGUGGCGGUGAUGAGGAGAAGGAACGUCGCAAACGUGAGAAGAAAUUGCGUAAAGAGGCUAAAAAUGCUGGCGUACUUUCGGGCAGUAUGAGCACGGAAGAACUGCUGCGUCUGGAUGAGGUUCGACGCUCGUUAAAAAUACGCGGUCGCCGUAAAGAGAAAGAGAAAUUGCCAAGCGGCAUUACAGCAGAUUACAGUGCAGAGUUCUUUGCCCAACUCGAUAUAGAUCGUGCUGCGUUAAGCGCUGAACUGAGCGGUGAAGGUGAUAGUAUUUAUGAAUUGGAUCGCGGCAAUGAAGAAAUUGUCGCAUCUGUGACGACCACCAUUGAGAGUCGAUAUAAUGGCGCUGGAGCGGGUGCUGUUGGUGGUGCUGCCAGUAUACAUUCCAUGUUGGCGAACGCAGCGACUAGCGGGAAUGGAAAGCAUCGCUCACUACCGCCCGUACCGCCAAAGCCACCUAAACGUGGCAUAUUGAAGGGUUCACGCAGUAACAUAUCCAAUGUGCAUGAGGAGAUAACGAUCGCAUCGCCCGAAGCGCAACUGCUUGUGAUGCGCAAUACAAUGCAAAACGAGUUGCCCUUCGAUGGUAGUCGAAGUAAUAGCAUAAGUGGUACUGCUACCGGGCGUAGUAGCAUGGGUGCAGUUGGUGGUGGUGGCGCCGGUAGUGUAGGCGUUAAUCCACACACUAGCGGUGGGACCGCCUUCACCUCUGUAGAGAGCCUGCGUAGUGACGAAGGUGGUAAUGGCGGUAUCCAACGCGCUAUGACUCUACCCACUACAGCACGUUAUGCACCACAGCUGCCACAACAUCAUAGUGGUAAUUUGCGUGUGAUGACUUCACCCUCGCCUAGCGCCGAUAGUCUCACAGAUACGACAAAUUCUUCCUUUGCCACGCCACCAUUCUCGCUGAGUCCUAUCGGUGAAUCACAAGGGAUUGAUCGAUGGUCGCGUGUACAUGCAUUCGAGGAUGUGGAAUUACCUUUGCCACCGAUUAAAUUGGUACAACUACCGCCGGCGAGAGAGCUUGUUAUUCGCAGACAGAAGUCGCCACGCAAUGAUUUCGGUUUUAGUUUGCGUAAAGCGAUUUGUUUGGAUCGCGCUGAAUCGCUUACUGCACCCACAUUUAAGCCGGUCAUAUUUGCUGAACCGGGUGCGGGUGGUGGUGCAACUGGUCUGUUGCCAGGUGAUCGUUUACUUAAAGUCAACGGUACACCGGUGAGUGAGUUGUCGCGUGAGGUGAUCAUCGAAAUGAUACGCAACAGCGGUGAUUCGGUUACAGUAGAGGUUCAACCUGUUUCGGAACUGGUGGAGCUGAGUAAACGUUGUAUGCCAGCUCAAGGUAUAGGCGUUAUAGCUGCAGACGAUGAGGUGGAUCGUGCAGCGAGGAAUGCAAACUGUAAUACUCUUAAGAGAAGCGCCAGUAAACGCUUUAAACAACAGCCACGCCAUAGCAACAAUACCAACAAUGACUCUCACUUACAUUCAGGCGUUGGCGUCGGCAAUGGCAACGAUGAUGGCGAUGCCGCAGAUUCCUCACAAACCACAGGUAACGGCGGUGAGCCCGUUUGGUUAGUCCAUCGUGGUGGCUUUUGUGCUGCUCUACGUCUACCCCAAUCACCCGUACAACGUGAGAAUCAUAAAGUGACCAUACGACUGCUACACAAUGGCAAUGAGAUGAUGGUGGACGAGGAUGAUAUUGAGAAACAGAAUGCAUCGACACUAGAUUUAGUCGAAGACAUUUGCGAUUUGAAGCAAUUGAACGAGGCGUCAGUGUUGCAUUGCUUACGUCAACGCUUCGCUAGCAAUUUGAUACACACGAAGGCGGGCCCCACGCUGCUCGUUGUCAACCCAAUGGCACCGCUAUCGCUCUACUCGGAAAAGGUUGUUUCCAUGUUUCGUGGCUGCAAGACGGAGGAUAUGCCUCCGCACAUCUACUCGCUGGCACAGACCGCCUACAGGGCCAUGUUGGAAACGCGUCGCGAUCAAAGUCUAAUAUUCAUGGGACGUUCUGGUUCUGGCAAGACGACAAGUUUCAAGCACGCCUUAUACUAUUUGGCGUUGGCCGCCGGCUCCUACAACAACUUCUUGAAUGCAGAAAAAGUCAACUCUAUUAAUAUUAUUUUAGAAGCAUUCGGAAAUACAAAGACUUGUCUCAAUGCAAAUGCGACGCGAUUUACACAGUUACUCAGCUUAGACUUCGAUCAAAGCGGACAAAUAGCGUCCGCCUCCGUGCAGGUAUUGCUCCCAGAGCGACAACGCGCCGGUCGUCGGCAAACCAAUGAUCACAGCUUCCAUAUAAUGAGUCGUUUGCUCGCCGGCGCUGAAGGCUUACUGCAAAAAGAAUUGCAUUUAGAUAACAUGUCCGCCGUGGACAAUCACCCCUUCGUUUCGCUGUCGCAAAAACUGGAGGAACGUCAUCGCGCUGCAGCCGAAUUUAUGCGAACUGUUCAAGCAUUAGAAGCGUUGAAUAUAGAAUCGAAAGCAGUGCGUGGUAUCUGGAGUAUAUUGGCGGCAAUUUAUCAUCUAGGACUGGCGGGUGUUACACGACUCAAUGCAGGACCAGCUUCACGCUUACAAUUUGCAAAUCCCUCAGCCGCACGUAGAGCUGCUGGACUGCUGGGUGUCUCUAUGGAGGAUUUGUCUGCCGCCGCGUUCAAUGCAAGCGGUCCCGGUGGUGGUGGCGGUGGUGGAACGAGUCCUUCUAAGUCGCCUACCGAUAACACCGAACAGGCUUGGGAGUCACUGGAAGCGCUUGCCGUUGGACUCUAUUCCGAGGCUUUGGCGGCUGUAGUGGCCCUUAUUAACAAAGCCAUCUGCACUUCGGCGCACACAAUCGCUUCCAUUAUGCUUGUGGAUACACCUGGCUUCCAAAAUCCAGCUAGCUGUGGCUUGCAAACUGGCGCCACUCUCUCCGAUUUACGUCACAAUUACCUGCAGGAGCGUUUGCAGUUGCUCUUUCAUCACACCACAUUAGUAGCGCCACGCGAUCGCUAUGCACAGGAGCUGGUGGAGAUAGAUACGGAGGGCAUGCCCGAAACGCAUCCCGGCCCGCUGGUAUCACUCAUCGAUAAGGCGCCACAAAAUCUCGUCGUGCGUUCGUCGCAACGUGAUUUGCGUGAACACGAUCGUCGCGGUCUGCUGUGGCUGCUGGACGAGGAGUCCAUGUACCCCAAUUGCAAUGAUGAUACAUUCCUGGAGCGCCUGUUUACACAUUACGGUGAUCGCGAGCAUCAAACGCUUUUGCGUAAAUGCGCCGGUCCCAAACAAUUUGUACUGCAACAUCUGCAGGGCACCAAUCCGGUGCUAUACACUGUCGAUGGUUGGGUACGGCAUAGCCGUGAGCACCCUGCCAUACGCAAUGCAGUAACAUUGCUUCAGGACAGUUCCCGCGACGAGAUAAGUCGUUUGUAUAUUGGUUCAUUGAUGCGUGGCGCGGGUGGUAUUGUAUUCUGCGGCUCCAUAGCCGGCCUCGAAGGCACACAAUCGCUGCGUCGCGUAUCCAGUAUACGACGGUCCUUCACCUCUGCCGGUGUAAAACGAAAUUCUAUUAUGUUGCAAGUUAAAUUCACCGUUGAUGGCAUAAUCGACACUUUGCGCCGCACAGGCACACAUUUCGUACACUGUUAUAUGUUGCAACAUAAUGCCGGGCAACACAGCAGCUAUUCGGCGAGUGGUUCGCCAAAUGCCUCCGCGUUACAGUCGAGCAGUGAGGACAUGGUGAAUGUUCCUUUACUGCGUAGUCAGAUACGCGGCUCACAAGUACUGGAGGCGGCGCGUUUGCAUCGUUUGGGCUUCCCAGAAUCAGUUCCUUUAGUCGAAUUCGUUCGACGCUUCGGUUUGCUGGCUGGUGUUGACUCUGCCGGCGCUAAAGAUAUAACCGUCGAACAAAUUUUAGCUGCUAAUGAAGUGGACACUGCUACGUAUCGUAUCGGACCUAGUCAAAUUUUAUUCCGUUCUGGUGUUUUGAGUGAAUUGGAAGCGAAACGUGAUGAGCUCUUGUCGGAUCGCAUCAUACAAUUGCAGGCAUAUUGCCGCGGCUAUUUGGCACGUAAACAGGUGGCGCGCCGACGCGUACAGGAAUUGGCCGUACGUUGCAUUCAACGUAAUGUCAAAGCAUUUCUGGCGGUUCGUGAUUGGCCUUGGUGGCGCCUCUUGGUGCGUGUAACGCCUCUGCUGAAUGUUCAUCGCACCGAGGAGCAACUGAAGUUGGCGAAUGAGGAAUUGUCAAUGUUGCGUGCCAAGUUGGAGAAAAUCGAAAACGAUCGUAACGAAUUGAAGACUGAAAAUCAAAAAUUGGAAGCGAAGUUAUCCGAAAUGGCAGUGGAUCUCGGCGAAGAGCGUUCAACCGCCAAUAUCGCCACCGAGCGACUUGAAGCCGAAACUGCGGAACGCUUAAAACUCGAAAAGGAACUUAACGAGCAGCAAAAUAAAGUGAAAAAUUUACAAGAGACCAGCGAGAAGCUGGAAAUGGAGUUAAUAUGCGCUAAAUCCGACUUGAAUGGCGUAUCCGAAGAUGAGGAUCCCGAAAACGACGAAGGCGGCGGCAGUGGUGUUUAUAAAUUAAAAUAUGAACGUGUUGCACGCGAACUCGAGUUCACAAAGAGACGUUUACAAACACAACACGAACACGACUUAGAGCAGUUAGUUGGUCUUAAGAAACAGCUGGAGAAGAAGCUCUCAGAUGCCUACGAAGAAGUCGAAGAGCAGCGUCAAGUUGUCGGUCAAUGGAAGCGCAAAGCACAAAAAAUGACCAACGAGAUGAAUGAUUUGCGUAUGUUGCUCGAAGAGCAAAACGGUCGUAAUAAUUUGUUGGAGAAGAAGCAGCGUAAAUUCGAUGCGGAAUGUCAAGCGUUGCAGGAUGCCGCUCGUCAAGAGAGAGUCACAAAGGAUAGAUUGUCGCGCGAAAAGGACGUACUGAUCGCAGAGAAAUUUACGUUGGAGCAAACAUUAGCGGACACUCGUCUUGAGCUCGAACUCAAGGAAGAGAAGUUGGCGUCGCUACAGCGUGAACUGGAGGAGAUGACUUUCGGUGGCAGCACCGAAGAGGAAAUCGCACAGCUCCGUCGUUCUAAGAAUGAAUUGGAUCGACGUGUCAAAGAGCAGGAGGAGGAACUGGAUGAGAUGGCCGGGCAAGUGCAAUUACUUGAGCAGGCUAAGCUACGAUUGGAAAUGUCAUUGGAAACAAUGCGUAAGGAGGCGCGACGCGAGGCGCAACAACGCGAUGAUGAGUUGGAGGAGGCACGCAACAGCUCAUACAAGAAGAUUAAAGCUUUGGAGUGCCAAUUAGAGACUGAGCAUGAAGAACGCACAUUGCUGCUCCGCGAGAAACAUGAACUCGAAAGACGUCUUUCUUCGAUGGAAGAUCAAGACCGCAUGGAUCGGCAAGCCGAAGAGGCCGCUACACAGAAACUAAAACGCGAUCUACGUAAAUACAAAGCAUUGCUGAAGGACGCACAAGCGCAAUUAGAGCGCUCCAAGGCAGAGACUCCAGGCAAAGCACUUAUAAGACAACUACGUAAUCAACUUGAGGAUGCCGAAUCGGCGCGCACACUUGUCAUGAAGGCACGUCAAUCUGCCGAAGCUGAGCUCGCCGAAGUGCAAGCCAUGUUCGAGGAGUCACAGAAGGGACGCAAUGAUGCAGAAGAACGUGCCAAUGUUGCGCAUCGUGAUCGUGCCGAAUUGCAGGCACAAAUCGAGGAGAACGAAGAGGAGCUUGCUGAGUUGAUGAAGAAAUACAGUGCAGCGGUUAAACAGCUAAAUACCGAACAGAUCGCAGCUUCGGAGUAUGAGUUCAAGUUAUCCGAAUUGGAAGCCGAACGCAACAAUCUGAAGGAGACAGUGAGCGAGUUGCAACAGCGUUUGGAAGUCGUCGAGAAUAUGGCGGAUCCAUCGACAGCGAUGCUCUCGAAGCGUUUGGAACUGCGCACCAAAGAACUCGAGUCCCGCCUAGAUCUCGAACAAGCCACACGCACGCGUCUUGAAACGCAAGUAGCGCGCCUCAAAGAGACGCUCGAGAAAGUACAGAAUGACGUUGCGCAAGCGAAGUCACGUGAGAUGCAAGCACAAGAUGCGCUUAAGAAAUCACAAAAGAGUUUGCGUGAUAUGCGCGAAGAAUAUCAUGUGGCGGCGGGACGAGAGCAAGAGUCUGUGGCAAAACGCAAAGAUCUCGAGAAGAAAUUGGAGCAAGUGGAAUCGGAAUCGUCAGCUUUGAAGAAUGACUUGCGUCUGGCGUUGCAACGAAUUGCCGAUUUGCAGCAGGCAAUGGAGGAAGGUGAUGACGACGUAAGCGAUAGUGAUGAUUCACGCAGCACGGAUGGUUCGCUUAGUGAUUUGGAGGAGCGUUUGCGACCUAUCAAAGUGAAACGCACCACCAAUGGCGAAUUAAUGAGUCCAAGCUCAACUAAAACAUUGGUGCAUGAAAAGGAUGACAACAGUCCGAGAAUCACAUUGACCUCACCAUCAUCACCGCAUAUACAUAAAUUGGCACGACAGGCGAUAGCCGAGGAUGCAGCGAAGGCGGAGGACAAGGUAGCCACUGCAACGACGACUACGGCAAAUAGUAUUAGCAGGCAACCAGGCGGCGCAGGCUUGAAGAAUGGUGAGGCUUGAAGAGAGCUAUCAUGUACCAAGGAGCAGCAAUAAAAUGUGAAAGAAUGCUGAAAGCAAAUGUGUGUGUUGCUAAGUUUCACAUAAUUUUAAAUUUUGGUAUGAGUAAGGGGAAAUUAAAAAAAAAAAAAAAAAAACAAAGCAAAGAAAAUAAGAAAUUGUAUCGCAAAAACAGCAAGAAAAACACUUGCAUAUGUGGUGUGUUUAGUCGGAACCAGAAAGGAAAGAACCUGAAGGCAAUUUUAUAUUUGAAUGUAAGAAUUUUAUAAAGAAAAAAAAAGAAACAGCAGUAAAACGGCGAAAACCUAAUGAAGAGGAGUAAGCAUGCAAGUAAAUGGACGAAAAUACGAAAAGAGUGUUUCCGAAAGAAAUGGCAAUCCAUUGACACGUAGAGUCUGAGCAACAAUUUUGUUUUUUAAAAAAGCAAAAUAUGAUUAUAAAAGAAGUUAAACAACAACACCAAAUACGGCAUAGCACUCAUUAAAAAAUUGAAUAAGACAAAGAAAAAAAAAAAUUUUAAUAUUUUGAUACAUAAAAAUUUUGAAGAAAAAAAGUAAACUUUACUACUAUUGCUAAUACAAAAUAUUAAAAUGAAAAUAAAAUAAAAUAUUUAAUGGAAAACUCAAAUUACAUAUAACAAUGACACUUAGUCCAACAAAAUCUUAGUCAAAGAAAAGAAAACAAAAAAUAUUUUAAAUUCAUGCUUACAUACACACACAAUACAUACAUACAUGUAAUAGCUGAUUAGUAAUAUUGAGUUAGCAAAAUGAUGUUGGAAGGUACUACUAUCUACUAUUACUUUAGCAAAACAAUUUUUUUUUGUUUUUUUUUUUCUUUUUUUGGAGAGCUGUACUAAUGAGCGACAACAAUAAUUAGCCGGUUAAAUGUGUGAGAGUGAGAGGUGUAGAAUCACAGAGACAGAGUUUCAUACGUAAUAUCACCUGAUGACAAGUAUUCUACAAGGAUAUAAGAACACCAGCAUACAAAUUAGUUAAGCUCAAUCAUACUGAAGUGCGUGCUUAUUCCCGCUAAGUUUUCGUCUCAAUUAUACCCCCACUGAACAAUAUAACAAACCUACAAAAAAUAAAUAAAAAAAAGAAGCAAAUUAUAUGAAUUUUUCGUUGGAAGAAUAAUGCAUAUACAAUAAUAAAUGUAUGUGCAUAAUAUGUAUUUAUGUUAUAAUUUAUUUUUAAACAAACACAGAAACACAACGAAAUGUUAAAUAAUUAUACACAUGUAUAUUUAAGUAAUUGGAAGCGUUAAAGUGGCUGCUGCUUCAAUUAUUUUGUCUAAAUGUACAACUUUAUCCGUAUCAAACAUACGUGUAUACAUAUAUUCGUAUGUGUAAAUUUUC